AUGAUGAUGCAGAGCCGGCGGCGGGAGCACGGCAGCUCCGGCGAGCUCGACGUGUUCGGGGCGACGAGUUACUUUGCCAGCCUGCCGCCGGCGCCUGACGACGACUGUCGUCGUCCCGGCAGUGCAACAGAGCCGUCUGCCGACCGGCUGUACUUCCAAGCUAAGGUGGUGCAGCGUGACACGACGACGAUGACGAUGGAGGACAACAGUUUGCGCGGUCCACAUCAGCAGCAGCUUGCUGGGUUGCAUGAUCACGCAGAGCGCCACGCCACCAAUAAGCAGCUGCAGGUAGUAGCCGCCAAGCGGCUGCCUUCAACAGGUAAGAGCAAGCUCGCCGCCCUCUUGAGCUCCAUGGUGUCGCCGUCGCCGUCGCCGAGAGCUAGCUUUCGCAAGGAGAACAAGAAGCAGGAGGCCCCAUCGUCGACGACUAGGCUGCGGCAGUCGGAGGUGGCAUCAGCAGCAGACGGCGAGAAAGAGACUGCCAAUAAUACUUUCAAGGCGGCGGCGAACUCCCCGUCGCCGUCCUCGCGCGAGAGCAGCAUGCAGCUGCAAGGUCUGUUCGGCGCGCACGACGAUGACGACGAGCUUGAUCUGGGCGUGGCGACGGGGGACAGGAGGCUGCAGGGCAUCACGGUCGUGAGGGGCAUCGGCGGCGACGAGGAGAGGUGGGUGGUGAGGUGCGUGCCCGGCGGCGGCGCUUGGGACGACGAGGAGCACCGUCAGAAGAUGCUCGAUGUCGACGCAGCAGAAUCGGCAUCAAGUGAGCAGCAGAACAUCAAGGACGAGCUGGUUGAGGUUGAGCAAUUGCAAGGAGAUGAUGAUGAUGCUGCUGCUGGUGGUAAUAUUAACCCUGCUCACAGCUGGGACAGCGAUUCGAGCUCUGAUCUCUUCGAUUUGGAUCUUGAGUACAGAUAG